AUUUAAUUAGCUCCUUGAGCAUUUGUACAAAUAGUUGAGUAAUGUGAGUUAGGGGCCACGUGUGUGGAUUGUGACUCGGAGUCAGCUGAUGUGUGUACAAGCGUGUAUCAUUACCUGUCAACAAACAGUGUUAAUCGAUCCCUUCAUUCCUUUAUCCAUUAAUAAUUGGUGAAUGACUGUUAAGACACAUGGUAGAUAUCUACCCAUGCUGACUUCAAUUCUCCUGGUAUCUCUGACUAAUCACAACCGAUGCUACAUUGAUUGAACGGCAAUCUCCGCUCAUCUGUGACCUAAGGGGUAUGUGACUGUCUGCCCAUGCUGUUCUGUGUCGGACACCAUCAGCCGAGGUUGUCCUAGACACGGGAUAGGGAUUUAGGACAGGGUCAGAGAUCCUGGCCAGGAUGUUGAUGUCACCUGUCAAGGAUUGCAAAAAGGGUAUCCUAGACACGGUUCAGUGAUUUAGGCUAGAGUGCCCUAGAUACGGUCAGGACUAGAUACGGUUCAGUGAUUUAGGCUAGAGUGCCCUAGACACGGUUAGGAAUUUAGGUCAUUGUUUCAGUUGUGUGUCAAGGAUUUAGGCCCGGAUAUCCAAAACCCUGGAUCAGGAAUUUUGGUGAGUGUCCUAGGCAAGGGUAACAGAUUGUGAUAAGGUUCUUCCUCUGUGGGAGUCGUGAGUAUCUUCAGGGUGUCGACCACCAGUGUUAUAGGCCAGGUGUUGUCCUGGGGGGCACAUCACUACAGAUCACCCAUGAAUGUGCUGGAGUGGACCCAUGACAAGAUCGAAUCCCUGGCAAACACAUGGAUACAUGAGAUGGGAAAUGUCCUGGAUAUCCGAUUCCUCUCAGAGGUGUCGGUUGACAAGGUUGACAAUGUGAAGCUGCUUGAACGUUACAAGGUGCGACAGUCUUCAGUGGGCACCCUCUAUCUGACUACCACACAUCUCAUCUUUGUGGAUGCAGCUGGGAAACGUGAAGUAUGGAUUUUACAUAUGCACAUGGCAGCCAUUGAUCGGUUGCCAUUGACAACAGGUGGCUCUCCAUUACAGCUUCGAUGUAAAGAUUUCCGUUGUGUGACCUUUGUCAUCCCUAAAGAUAGAGAAUGUCAGGACAUAUACGAAUCACUAAUGGAUCUCUCUCGUCCAGCGAGUAUAGAUGCACUUUACGCCUUCCACUUUACCCUGCCUGCUGGACAAAAGUCCUAUGGAUGGGAUAUGUAUGAUACUCAGACGGAGUACUUGAGAAUGGGGAUUCCGAACGAGCUGUGGGUCCUCACAAGCAUGAACAGGGACUAUGAGCUAUGUGACACGUACCCCCGGGACCUAUAUGUUCCUGCUACUGCCACCACGCCUAUCCUGGUGGGAAGUUCUAAGUUCAGGAGCAGAGGACGUCUACCAGCCCUCUCCUACCUUCACCGAGACAACCAGGCCGCUAUAUGUCGGUGUAGCCAGCCUCUCGCUGGCUUCAGUGCACGCUGUGUUGAGGAUGAACAGAUGCUGCACGCCAUUUUAAGGGCAAACCCUUCCUCCAAGUUCCUGUACGUAGUGGACACUCGACCCAAGAUCAAUGCGAUGGCCAAUAAAGCCGCAGGAAAGGGCUAUGAGAAUGAGAACUUUUACUCUGACAUCAAAUUCCAGUUUUUGGGCAUUGAAAACAUUCAUGUGAUGAGAAAUGGACUACAGAAAUUAAUAGAUGUGUGUGAACUGAAGAACCCAUCAAUGAACUCGUUCUUGUCUAGUAUAGAGGCCAGUGGGUGGCUGAAACACAUCAAAUCGGUCAUAGACACCUCCGUGUUUAUUGUUAACGCGGUACGUAAUGGCAUUAGUGUUCUAGUGCACUGUUCUGACGGCUGGGAUAGAACUGCUCAGACCUGCUCCCUGGCUUCCCUUAUGUUGGACCCUUAUUACCGCACCAUACAAGGCUUCCAGGCCCUAAUUGAGAAGGAGUGGUUGUCAUUCGGCCAUAAAUUCACGGAUCGCUGUGGGUUCCUUGGGUCAGGGGACGCCAAAGAAGUGUCGCCGGUCUUUACCCAGUUCGUCGAGUGUGUGUGGCAGAUCAUGCAGCAGUUUCCAUGUGCUUUCCAGUUUAACGAGCGCUUCCUCAUCACGAUACACGACCACUCAUUCUCCUGUCAGUUCGGUACAUUCAUAGGCAACUGUGAAAAGGACCGCGUAGAUCUCAGACUUUCAGAAAGAACCUAUUCUCUGUGGGGUUACAUCUCCAGGCACAUGAAUGAGUUCCUCAACCCUCUGUAUAAGAAAGAAUAUGAGGUACAACAUCCUGUGGUCGUACCAGAUACCAGUCCUCAGUGUGUGAGGUUUUGGAAGGGGAUGUACAAUCGCUAUGAGACUGGAAUUCACUCUAGGGAACACAUCACAGAUAUUCUAGGGGCGGCGAAGGAUCACAGUGACUCACUGGAGGACCACAUACGGCUCCUGGAGAAGAGAAUCACUCAGAUCUGCAAGGUGUUGGGGAAGUCAGAAGAAACAAUACAGAAAAAACUUGAUGGCUUCUUAUCGAUGGAGUCCCUGGAUGGCUAUCUGGCUGGGCACAUAGAGGAACCACUUCCAGAGAAAGUGGCCAAAGAUGUGGCAGUAAAUGGAUCCUUGGAAACGUCACCCGAUGACUCGCCACAACGAUCAGAUGACUCAACACAACAUUCGGACGACUCGUCACAAAGAGACAAAGAUCACAAGGACAAGAUAAACCACAUCAAGAGUGACCGUGAGUCUGGCUUUGAUGAGGCCAGCUCCACAAUGUCGCGGUCGGGUGUGGACGAGGUGGCCUCACAGAUGUCCAAGUCAGGUAUAGAGGAAGGAGUAGGGACCAUGGAGUCAAGCAUGCUGUCAGGGGGCAUGGAGACUCUUACUCUGGACCAGCUCCUCUUGGAGCUUCAAAGCGUGGCGGUUGACUGGAGGUCCUUCCGCCAAGUCCACACCUGCACGUGCGCUACCCCCUUUGAUUGCUUCACUAAAAAGUUUCACUGUUGGAAAUGCGGUGAUGUGUUUUGUAUGCGAUGUAUAGCCAAGAGUAUCCCUCUGCCUGGCCACUACUCCCGCCGACCAGUUCCUGUUUGUCGUCCCUGCUACAAGGAGAUACGACAUUCACCUUCAAUGGAGUUCCCACCCGGAUACACACCUCCCACCAACUCCAGCUGAUGAAGGGAGAUAACUCUUGUGACUUACUCUUAGUGUAGCUGGCAAUGACAUGUACUGUUUUGAUGCUGUGUAGAUAAAAGGCAUUGUUUUGUAGUCUCUCACCCCUAUUAUCUCAAAUAAUUACGCCCAUCAUAAAGGACCUGGAACAUUCCAUUGUAGAUAUGUGUAAGAACAAGGCUCUUAUCUCUGUGCUGCAUAGAAUUAGGGCAGUGAAGCAUAUGGACUCCAUUACACUACAUAAUUGGAAAGCUUGUAAGUUCCUAUAAGUGUUGUAGUGAUUUUACUGGAUCUGUCCAGCCUACAGCAUGACCAGUCAUUGUAAGUAUGCCUCGGCAAAUUAUGCACCAGGUAACAUGUUUUAGGAGGUUGUUGCUAUGGUAACAAAUCUCUAGAGUCUGGAAACCUGUCUCACGAGGUUGUUGUCGUGGUAACUUGUCUCUUGAAACAGAGUGUUAGUCUAUAAAGAGUUUCGAGUGACAUGAAAACAGAUCAUUCAUGGAUGUGGAACACUGGAACAUUUGACAUCUGGAGGGACCUACAGCAUGAAUGUUACAAGGAAGUGAGAAGAUGAGGCAGUAAAACUCACGGAUUUUGUGAUAAACUUUCCAUGUUAUAUUACCUAUGUGUUUUGCCAUUGAUUCCUGGCAGUGUGAGAACAGCUUGCCAUGGCAAUGCAUACUAAAGAAAGAAUCAAACACUGGGAUUAUAUAGUUGUUGUGUUGGUUGCUUGGUUAUCAGUUUCCAUGGUGAUAUAGUGAGGGGUACUUUUAUUGUUUUGCUUCAAUCUUGUGAUAUUUUGUGACAACUUGUCAAAAAAGGACUUUGUCAAUUGUCUGACAUAUAAUCAUGUGUCACAUAUUAUCUUGAUUUUCUGACUUAUGUGUAGGCAUCCUGAAAGGGAAGUAACUCUAACUCAACUUUUAAUGGCCAUUAAUUAUCUUCAAUAAGAAAAAACUGAAUUUUGCCUGGGAUUUCUCUUGUUUUUACACUCCUGAGCUUUUUCUCUUCAAGGUACAUGAUAGGAUUAAGAUUUCAUGAAAUCAUACCCGUGAAGCAUACACAAAUAACUUUGCAUAAAUUGAAAAAAAAAAAAAAUCAUUAAAUAAUGUAGACAAAUGCCCAAGGACUUGCUUGGCAAACUCAGAAGUUUUUUUUCAAUGACACAAUUGAUUGUGCAUAUAAAUGUGGUCAACUCUUCGUAUUUAUGGCCAUUAAAGUGAGUAUAAAGGACAGGAAUAUUUUACCAGGAUUUUAAUGGGCAAGGUUGGCUUUAUGUUUGUGUGUUAUAAGUGAUAAAAUGAGUGUGUUAUAUAUUGGACAAAUAAGUAUGUAAACAUUAUAAUAUAGAAGUUUUGACAGACUAGUUUCAUUAUAUAUGUUGAAAAUUAACUGAUUUACUGAAUGAAAACUUGUUACAUAGAAAACCUUUUCUAGUACCUGUCAUUGAAUACUGGAGAAAUUACCCGGUAUUGUUCAAAGUGGACACUAAUUUUGUUGAUUGUUUUAGUUUUACUACAUAUAUACUAAGCUAUUGUUACAAAAGUAGGUGUUUGAAAAUCCUACUGUUCCUUGACAUUUUUAAAGGAUUAGCCUGUUUUGAUAUUUUGUCAGCUUGUUGUAUGCAAUGCAAUUUUUUUUUGUAUAAAAGAGGUUCAUGUUUUAUUUAUAAUUAUGUUCCAAGGUCAAGACCUUUGUAUAAAGUAUUAUGUGUUUAUUUGAAAAGUCCUGACCAGAUGACGUAUAUAAAGUAUUGAAGUAUGUGUAAUUUAAGGGAAGUCAUGACUUCUUUAUCAUGUACAACAGCUGGUGUGUUUCAUUAUGAAGUACAAGAGCCUGUACAUUGUUACCAAGGUCAUGACCUCUGAAUCUAUGUAUUGUUGCCAAGGGCAUGACCUCUGAAUCUAUGUAUUGUUGACAAGGUCAUGACCUUUGAACUAAUGUAUUGUUUGUUAUCAAGGUCCUUUAAUUUCUGUGAUGUACAAUUGCUAAAGCUGUGUUUUGUUACCAAUAUAUUGUGUCUAUUGAAUUAGAAGAGAUUCUCCAUUAUUUGAACACAAAACAAUUCUUUAAAAAUACCAUAAAAUGGUUGCCAUGUCAACCUGGUUACAUUGUUUCCACCCUGUUCGGUAUUUGGGCUACCUAUACUCCGAGUAAAGGCCUACCACAUUUAAUGUUUCAUUAGGUCCACAUUUCAAUACUCUUUAUUGUAUCAUGAUCAUUUGACUAUGUGCCAUAUUGUUAGACUCCAUAUUCUUACGAGGACACAUAUUAUAUAUAAUAGGCAAACAUAUCAUCACCAUUAGAAAUAAUGACUAGGUCCUGUAUAUCAUGUUGUAGGAAUGUCUUUUUGAUACCAUUACAAUGCAUGUAUAAGCAUUCUUGGCCCUGAUUGGUUAUUAAAUAUCACUAUACUAUGACAAGGGGAAGCAAAAUAAUUUUCUUUAAAUUUGGUAAAAACGUUUAAAGACAAAGUUUUAGUUUUAGACUAAGUUAACAGAUUUUGUUGUCAUAAAGUACAUAGUAAUAUUUGAGUAUCUUUGGUAAUGACCCUGGCUCUCACAUUUACAAGUAUUUUGCACAGUAUGCUUUAAGCCUUUUUAUUUUUUUACUUGAACAAUAAUUUUUUUUAUAUUUUCUCAGAAUUGAAUCAUAAAUAUACUUAAACAUAUGGCCCCAACAUUUAUAUAUGAGCCUUGGAGAUUGGAGGUCUCCCUGUAAAAAAAUAAGCUUUAUAGCCAAAAACCUGGGUCCCAAUCAACCACCUAAGGGAAGAAGUUCAGGGGACCCCUUCUAAUUUCAGCAGCCUUUAUCCCUGGUUAGCUCACCUGGCCCAAAGGUUCAGAUGAUUGACGUUGACCCAUUUUCGAGGUGAUGAGGUUUGGCCAGUAGCAUGCUUGGAUGAAGGGCUAAAACGUUUGCUCAAAUGAUUAACCUUGACCCACUUUCAAGGUCCAUGUUUAAGAACUAAAAAAUAAGAUGAAAUACAAUUAAGAUUUUGAACACAUUAGUCUAAAAUCAACAAGUCCAGCUUUAAUCCUAUCAGCUCUGAUAAAUUGUUUUGCUGAUGAUCUUCAAAGUCACUCUGAGUGAGGGUCAAGGUCAUACUAUAUAUAUAUGCAAGACCACACACUUGUUUUUCUAAACCAGAAAGCACUCAUUUAUUGCGUGGACAUAUAUAUUCACUUGUGCGCGGACACAAGUGUAGGGUCUUGCAUUUAUCACAUACCUUCCGUAUUUGGUAGAAAUUGAUACAAAGAUUUUAUAAACUUUGAUAUUUUUUGCAAAUACCGGAAACUUUUCAGUUCACCAUGACAAGAGGAUUCCCAUAAAAAGUAGUUCCGGCUAGUAGGUAAAUACAACAUUCCGUAUUACACAUGUGCAAUACAGAACGUUGUAUUUCAUGGUCUGAAAGUUGGUUGUAUUACUAUAACAAGAUUCAACAGGUAUGUGAUAAAUCACUGAAAGAUACACAGUGCCUCGCAAGGACACUGCAUGGAGCCAAUACAGAUUAUUUUUUGUUUUAUGUGUUGCUAUGCUUGUUUUGUUUAGAAAACAUAUAACAAAUUCAUAAGAAGUAUUAUGCAAGCAUUUGUUUACCAUACAUGUAUUUUUUAUGUACAACUCAUUGCAUGUUUCAACAGUAUAGCAAUACCUAUAACCAUUAUAGUGAUAAACUCUAUACCUUGCUGCUCCACAAAUAACAUGUGCAAUAUAUGUCGAACAUUUCGAUUUUGUAGUAUCACAAGCUUGUAUCAUUUACAAUGGAGAAGACAUUUACAUUGCGACUUGUAUAGAGGUAUUUUAACUUGCUAAAGAGUAUUUGUUAUGCCUAGCGGGUUUGGCCGUGUAUGACUGCUGUGGUCUGUCACCCCAGUCGUGUAAAAUGAUUAAGGUUGUGUAUUGUUUAUACCUAGUAUACCCACACACAAAUUUCAGACUUGUCAAUGUACAUUAAUAGGUCGUUAAACAAAAUAAAACCAUUAUUUUCCUUCUUGAGAGAAUUAUUCUCGAUAAACAGGUUAUCAGUGGCAAUAAUAGACUUGUAUGACACACUUAAAUGAAAGAUUGCUUUUUAUGAAUUUAAAUCCUGGCGUAUCCUAUCCACAGUACAUACUGGUAGUGUAAAUGUAGCAUGCUCAAUCAUAUGUCUAGUACCAUAGAGGUCAGUAUCUAGUACCAUAGAGGUCAGUAUCUAGUACCAUAGUGGUCGGUGUCAAUUUCUUGCUGUGGCGAAAUCUAUACUGCAUGUCACACAUGUAUGUCUUGCACAACUGUCUGCAUGAAAUCAUCAAUUUAAAACUGGAAUGAAUUUUAGAUCUCCGACUUUUUUAACAAAAAAAGCUUUGUCUUGAAUAGCUGGGUUGUAUUCACUAUGGCUGUCACAUGGUCUUGGUAGGUCAUGUGACAGUAGAUGUUUAUACAAUGGAGGGAGCUCCAAGUUAAUAGACGGCUGGCACAUAUUUUUUAAAAAAAUCUGAAAAAGAGUUGGUGUGAUUGUGGAUGGCUGAUGAAUCUGUGGAGAGGCUUCCCUUCAUCAGUAGCUCUAGUGAAGGUCAGUGCUGUUUCCCCUACAUAACUGUUAUCAUGGCUUUUGUGAUAUUUGACCGUACACUUCUGUCUUGGAUUUGUCGCCAACUUUUUUAAAGUCUCUGAGGGGGUUUAAAUGGUCUAUGGUAGAGUUCACCACCUGAUGUAUUUGAAAACUUCUGUACUUCGACAUCCCCGAAUAUAUUUGGAAUACUGACCUUGACACGCUCUAUUUUUGGUUAUUGUUCGUAGACUUAUCUUUCCUUAGUAAGUUUUAACAUCUACUCUGGGUAAUCAUUGGUCACAUGACCAAGAUCAUGUAGCAGCCAUUGCUGAAUAUUUCACGGCUAUUGAAGACGAAAUGAUUUAGUGGAAAUAAGCUACAGUAAAUAUGUGUGAUUUGAUUAUUAGAACUAAUGUCAAUCAGAGAACUCGUACUUGUCUGUCAAAUCCAUUGUCCAAACUCUACAUUGUAGAUUAGUUGUGAUCAGGUUACCUGUACAGGUGAGACUGGAAUUAUAUAUAUCACAGGUGUCAUCAGCUGGUGCUUUAUGUUCAACUGUGUAAAUGUGUCCCAUUAAAUGAUACAGUAUUUAAAUUGUUGACAUGUACAUAUAUAUAAGUAACAACAUCUGUAGUUCUUAACCUGUAUUUCUUACUUUGUUCUUUACAACCUGUGGUACAUGUCAAAUUUAACUUGAUGGUAAAUGCUGAAUUGUGAUAACUGGUAGACAGAUUCAUUGAAAGUUUUAUUAGAGGGUAUUUUAUUUUAUUUUAUUUCUUCUUCAGAAAUCAAAUAUAAUUGGAUGGAUUCUGGUUGGUAGGAUCUGUCGUAUGUGUGGGUUGUCUAGUUAAGGUCCACAAUACUUUAUAGUGUGUGGAAACUGUCUACAUUGUUUGUGAAAUGUACACCACACUGUUAUGUUGCUGACAUCCAUCAAUAAAAUAAAACUACAAAG